AUGCAUCAACGAACUCACACUGGGGAGAAACCAUUUAAAUGUAUUGAAUGUGGAAAGAGCUUCAGUGAAAGUGGGAAACUUAGAAUACAUCAACUAACUCACACUGGGGAGAAACCAUUUAAAUGUAUUGAAUGUGGAAAAAGCUUCAGUAAGAAUGGAGCACUUAGAAGACAUCAACGAACUCAUACCGGGGAGAAACCAUUUAAAUGUAUUGAAUGUGGAAAGAGCUUCAGGCAAUAUGGAGUCCUUAGAAUACACCAACGAACUCACACUGGGGAGAAACCAUUUAAAUGUAUUGAAUGUGGAAAAAGCUUCAAUAAGAAUGGAGCACUUAGAAGACAUCAAUGA